AUGUUUGACUACGUCAAACUCUUUGUAGGAGCAAAUAAAGCAUCGCCACAGCCAAUGGCGUCUCCGGCGUUCCUUGAAAGGGGCCAUGCAGUGGUGGGCGGUCACCUCUUCUCCCCGAGGCCACCAAAGCGGGUUCUGGCGGACUCGCUGAUGCAGGAAUCGCGAAUUCUGCCAUGUGAUAGAGAUGUCAACUUUGGAAGUCCGUUCAUGCGGAAAGUCAAAGAUGGUGAAAAUGCCCUCACACCAGCUGUGUUGCUUGUCAUUAAAGCUGCUUACCUCGGGUGCUUUUGUGUCAAUCUCCCAAAACUGGGCCCUGGGGAAUCAGGCUAUCCCGAGGUUAUGCUGCACCACGUGACCAAAAUGAUACGUCGAUGUGGUGCCAACACCUGCACCCAGUUACUGCAGCGUGCAAUGCAGUUAGACGAGGAAGGGCGUUUCUUUAUUGCUCUGCUUUUCAAAGCGUCUUUUGUGGAAACCGACAGCGUUAUUUCUUCGUGUAUGCUGACCUCAGAGAGUUUUUACGGACAACCGGACACAACUUCAGAGGCAGAGUUUGCGUCAAUAGACGACCCGAGGAAAGUCGAUGGUGGAAACACAAAGGCUGAGGCGCUGGAAGCGACUUCCGUCGGCGACUUGCCAGCUCCAAAGCUCCGGAAACGGGACGUCAAUUGGGGCGACAGGAGUUCCAUCAGACUUUCAAUUGAAGUUCCCAAAUCAGUAGCUGAUGCAUUCUCUCCCAAGGUUCUUGAGGAGGUGAACGAUUCGCGGUAUUUUAAAAUUUGUUUCGGUACUGAAUUUUCCGACGAAGAAGAGGAGAAUAGAUCACUGGACGAUGUCAGCACUACCAAGAAAGGGUUAGAAAUCAAUCUAACCUGCUCCAUGACAAGUGUAUCGACAAAGAAGAUCGGUGUUAUCGAGUCUGAAGACGGGAUGCUGUCGAUGGAGGCUCUUCAAAAGCUCUCCCUUCCUCAGAUCCAAAUAAUUGUCAACGACUUGCUCAAUCAAAUAAGUGAAAAAAACCUCCAACUUAUGAAGCAAUUGCCUCUACGUGACGACCUUAUCCUUGAAAAGGAGGAGAAGCAAGCCUAUUUGGAUAGGUGUUCUGCAAAAAACCGUUCACGCAGUUAUCGACCCUCUCAGAACCAUUACGCUUCGCCCAUUGGUCCAAAAAACACCGCUACGACAAGUGCAUUCAACCCCAACCCUGAAUACCGGUAUCCAUACAACUCUCCACCCCAGCGACUAUCUUCGGACAGACACGACAGUUGUGCACCCCCUGCGCCGAAAACCGACACCCAAACCACCUCCUCGGUGGGAACGCGCCUGAAGACCUGCAUCAGCCAAUUCUUCAGUGGUCGUCGUCGUCAACGCCAGCCCCAGUCCUUGUCUUUUGAAAGCGCUAAUCUAAAGUCAAAGUCAUUUUAA